AUGAAUAACGCGAAGGGCCAAGAUAAUAGUGACGCGCCAGAUAUGGAGCUGCUACAAGGCCUCGAGGAAGCCCUACAUUGCACAAAGUGUCGAAUCAAUGUCACACCAGCUAGCAUGACAGUCGAUAUCCAGAAAGGCGUAUACAUCACUUCCCACUACCCACCGUACUUCAGGAACAACAACACCAGAGAUGACAACAUUUCGCCUCUUGAGACGCAGUCUACACCCGAAGACCCAUCUUUCUGGACAUUUAUCUCUGUUUCUCAGCGUGAACGUUACUACGAGCUCGUCGAACAAACACUCAACCACAUACUAAACAAGACCAAAUCGAUGGACCCGGAAGUCGCCGUCUUAUCUGCCCACUACCAAGUAGACUUUCACAUCCGCCAGCAUUACCUCUCGCACCGAGGUGUACUGACGUUCUGUCGUAACGCGGACGAUAUGCAGCAGCUACGGCACUGGCAAUGGAAAAUGGACGACUUGGACAACAUCAGACCGGUCAACCUAGAUCAUGUCUGGCCCCGCGGUUGCAAGCAUACAGCAUGGCCGAGAGACAAAAACCUGGAAAUGAUGCACCAGACCCUCAUGUGGAAGCGCGCAUGGCUGACGCGACGGAAACGUGUGGAGGAAGUCAGGGCCCGGUGGGCUAUUAUCAUGGAAGAGCGGCGCAAACAGCGGGAGAUGUUAUUGCUCAAGAAGGGUGCAACGAUCACAGUACGCCUCUACUGCAGGGGUGAGCUAAAGGAUGUACGAGAGCUUAAGAGGAUCAGGCAUUCAGAGCCGGCGCUCCGACCGAGGAGGAUGUUGCAGAAUUCCGGAUUGUGA